GCUUUAUUUGCUGCUGCAAGAAAAGCCUUUUCUUUUAACCCGGCUUCCUUUGAAGAAGUAACUCAGGAAGCUUCAUGGCCUCUCAAGAAUCUCAGGGACAAUCCAAACUCAUCUUUAAGGAUUACCUCCCUGGUUCUUCUGACACUCCUCAGCAGAAUACGCCUGUUGAACCAGCAAGUCUCUGGAAGCAAGCAUCACACACUCAUAAUUUGCCACCUGGUCUGGAGUACCUGAACCAGCUGGACCAGAUAAUUAUUCAUCAGCAAGUGGAGCUUCUGGAAGCCAUACUUGGCACAGAGACCUCCAGCAAAUACGAGAUAAAGAACCCCCUGGGCCAGAGGGUUUACUUUGCAGUGGAAGAGAACGGCUGCUUUGACCGCAAGCUGUGCUCGCCCCUCCGGGCCUUCACCAUCAGCAUUUCGGACAACGCGGGCCGCGAGGUGAUCCGCGUCAUCCGGCCCCUCCGGUGCACCAGCUGCUGCUUCCCCUGCUUCCUGCAGGAGUUAGAAGUUCAGUCCCCACCAGGUACAGUAGCUGGGUACGUUGUACAGAACUGGGAUCCUUUUCUGCCAAAGUUCACUAUACAGAAUGAAAGCAAAGAAGAUGUGCUAAAAAUAAUUGGCCCAUGUGCAACCUGUGGCUGUUUUGAAGAUGUUGACUUUGAGGUAAAAACUCUCAAUGAGAUGACAACGAUCGGCAAAAUUUCCAAGUAUUGGUCGGGAUUUGUCAACAACGUCUUCACCAACACCGCCAACUUUGGGAUCCAGGUCCCUGUGGAUCUCGACGUGAGGAUCAAGGCAGUCAUGAUUGGUGCUUGUUUCCUCAUUGACUUAAUGUUCUUUGAAAACUCUUUGGAUGGAUUAUAACAAGAUGACAGAAACAAUGAAAUAUGCAGAAUCUGUUUCAGUAGAAAUCACUUGAGCUUUGGACAUGAUUUUGAACUGCAAAAAUCCUUCUUCCUUAUAGGAAAAGACAGGGAGCUAAUGAUGAUGUUUAUUGAAAUAUGUCUCAUGUAAAUAAUAAUUUCCCACUUAUAUUUUUUAUGGGUAAUAGCUAAACACAUACUUUUCAC